AUGGCAUCACAAGUUGGUAGCCUGAUUCAUGAUAGGAAUCUGAAUGUUCACUAUAAUGCAUCUGCUGGGGGGAAGACCAAUGUUUCUAAAGCCCUAAAGAAAGGAGGGCUUGGCGGAAGGAAGCCACUUGGUGAUUUAUCAAAUUCGGUGAAGCCUACUCCCAAUCAAUCCUUAAAGAAGCCUAGUUCCAACUCUUUUAUUGAGAAAGACAUCGGUGCCUCUAAAAUUACAUUUGAUGGAAGCAAAAAGAAGAGUUCUAAAGCUUCUGAAAAAUCACAGACCAGCACCAGGAAAGUACUUUCUGACAUUUCGAAUUUUGGGAAGCCUCAUCUGCGUGAGGCCUCUAAUCUGAAUGCGAAACUGAGUGUUCUGGAGGAGGAACAUCUCAAUGCUUUGGCAGAGGAAGAUUUUCUACACAACCAUGAAGAAUGCCUCAAGGCACGGACAAAAGCUAUGGACAUAGAUGAGUUGCUGAUAACAGUUGGACUACAUAAUGGUUUUUCUAAGCAGUCAGUGUCUCCAUGGGUGGCAUCUUCAGCAUUGGAUGAUUUUAAGUUUCAGCCUACAAGUCCUCCAAGGUGGUUAGAAUUGGAAGAGCUUGGAGAACAUGGACUCGGAGAUGCUCAAUUACCUCAGAAAAGUGAACAUUUCAGUGAUCUUGAUUCUCCAAAAUCACCAAAUCGCUGUAUGCAGUGGGAUGAAGAAGUCAACUUUAUGCUGAUAAAGACACCAUAAUUGCCAAAGCAUUGACUUUCCUAGUGCAUAGAAUAUGUCAGCAAUUAUGGUCGUUUAACUUUUGUGGUAGAAUUUGGGUUUGAACUUUUCUUGUAAGGUUAACUUCAGUACUGUGCACAUUUGUGGUUAACUUCAGUACUGUGCAUAUUUGUGGUUAACUUCAGUACUGCAUAUUGUGUUUGGUUUGAAGUAGGAAUUUCUUUGUUUUUAGGACUUGUAGUUAUCCUUGUCUACGCUAGUAGGCAAAUAUUA